AAGUUCGAGCUCAUAAAUGAAUAAACGUGGUUUGCGCCGUCUUGUGUGAGCAAGAACAACAAAACUUGCUUAUGUAGUCAUGUCGAACAGCACUCGAAGUUUUCUCGAAAGCUCUUGUGAUAUCGGUCCAUGCGACUCGACACAGACUAGUUCAAUUGCAGAUCAGCUAAGAGCAGUGAAGGACGGAGAAGUCUGUAUGGUAGACUAUAGGAAUUGCAGUGUUCUACAAUGCAUGGCGUGCAACACAGUGCUUGGAGACUCUCUCGGCAUCUGUGGGGAAGUCCAGAGCCUCAAGAGUAUCAUUUGUUUGAAAGUUACUGAGGAUGUGAGGGUAAACAAAAAGCUGGAGAUGAGUUUGAAUGGUCAUCUGGCUUUCUCCACCCACCAAGUCCUUCACUGUGCUGGUUGCCAUGGUGCCGUUGGCCUGGUUCUUCACUCCACCCCAGAGCACCUGUCUGCUUUACAAAACCUCUUCCUUUUACGAAAAGAGCUGAUAAACUGCUACAUGCUAAGAAGUGGUGCAUGUGUUAAAGCCUCCAAAAUCAACUUCAAACACCGACUCAUGGACAAAAAUAUUCAAGAGCUGAAGCAGUAUUUAGAAGCUCAGCUGAAGCAGGUGAAGAUUCUGGAAGGAAUGAUGGAAAAAUUGUGCACACACAAUGUAAACUAAAGAAAUGCCAGGCAUGGAAUAUGUAGUUGUUUUAUUAUAACUGCUGAAAUAAAGUGUAU